CAGACUGGCCCGGGACUGUACUGCUGACCCAGAAUGGCACAGAACGGAACGACAGAGAACGGAGUGGCCGAAGGGAUCCCGGCUUUGCCUUUUCCUCAGCCCGUUAAAGCGCCGGAGAUCAGACACACGAAGAUUUUUAUUGACAAUGAAUGGCACACAUCCAGCAGCGGAAGGACAUUUCCAACUUUCAACCCAGCCACAGGUGUCAAAAUCUGUGAUGUGGAAGAAGCAGACAAAGAGGAUGUGGAUAAAGCGGUGCAGGCAGCCAAGUCUGCAGGGCAGAGAGGCUCUCCGUGGCGGAGGAUGGACGCGUCGAGCCGGGGGAGGCUGCUGCACAAACUGGCUGACCUCAUGGAGAGGGACCGGCUCUUGCUGGCGACGCUGGAGACUCUGGACACGGGGAAACCCUUCCUGCAGUCCUUCUUCAUCGACCUGGAUGGCAGCAUCAAAACGCUUCGUUACUACGCAGGCUGGACCGACAAGAUCCACGGCAAGAGUCUGCCUGUAGAUGAGAGCUUCGUGUGUUUAACCAAACACGAACCUGUUGGCGUCUGCGGAGCCAUCAUUCCAUGGAACUUUCCUCUGCUGAUGUUCAUGUGGAAGAUAGCGCCGGCCCUGAGCUGUGGAAACACUGUGGUCAUCAAGCCAGCAGAGCAGACCCCCCUCACGGCCCUCCACGUUGGAUCGCUCAUCAAAGAGGCGGGGUUCCCUCCUGGAGUCGUGAACAUCGUUCCAGGGUUUGGUCCCACAGCGGGGAGCCGCAUCGCCAGCCACAUGGACGUCGACAAAGUGGCCUUCACCGGCUCUACAGAGGUCGGCCAGCUGAUCAAAGAAGCGUCAGCCAAAAGUAAUCUGAAGAGAGUGACUCUGGAGCUCGGAGGGAAGAACCCCUGCAUCGUGUUUGCUGACUGUGACUUGCAGCUGGCUGUGGAGGAAACCCAGAAAGGCGCUUUAUAUAACCAGGGUCAGUGCUGCACGGCUGCAUCGCGGGUCUUUGUGGAGGAGAGUAUUUAUGAAGAGUUUGUGCGUCGCAGUGUAGAAAACGCCAGGAAGGUUGUGAUAGGAGACCCGCUGGACCCCAAGACGACACACGGACCACAGAUCGACCGGCAGCAGUUUGAUAAGAUCAUGGAUCUGAUAGAGAGCGGGAAGAAGGAGGGAGCCCGGCUGGAGUACGGAGGAGCAGCUUUGGGAGAUAAGGGCCUCUUUAUUCAACCCACCAUCUUCUCCGGGGUCAAAGACCACAUGCGCAUCGCCAGGAAGAGAUCUUCGGUCCGGUUCAGUGUAUAUUCAGCUUUAAGAGCCAGCAGGAGGUCGUAGAGAGAGCCAACAGCUCGCAGUACGGCCUGGUGUCAGCGGUCUUCACGUCCAGUAUGGACAGAGCUCUGUCUGUGUCUGCGGCCCUGGAGACUGGC